GUUCGCAGCCGGUGAAAAUGUAAACAAGACUUGACUUCUCAUUUCGCACUCACGCACUGUUUGUUUAAUGGUGCUUGGGUUCUUUCAAACGUCAAAUUAAACGGCAAUGUUUUCUAAAAGGAGCCCUUAAGAUUCUGAAAUGGAAUCUGUACCAAGCGCUAUCGGGCACUUUCGAGCGCACCUUUUGGCCGUUUCCGGUAUCCUUAUAUUCCUGGCAGGCUUCAUCUGCGUCGAAAGAGGUCUUGAGGUUCCUCCUAGUCAACCAAAUACACCAAACAUCCAAGUGUCCCUUCCGCCUCGUCGUCUCGUUUUAAUGGUGGUUGACGCUCUCAGGGAGGACUUCCUGGACCGUCAGCAGGACUGGCCCUUCCUGAGCGGCGAAUUGGCCUCAGACCGCGCCUGCCGGGUGCCGCUGGUGGCUGACUCGCCCACAGUGACCCUGCCGAGGCUCAAGGCCCUGAUCACGGGCCGUGUUUCCAGCUUUGUGGACGUCAUCCUCAACCUUGGCAGUCCGGAGCUUCGCGAGGAAAAUCUUGUUUCUGUUUUGGCAGGAGAAGGACGGCAUUCGGUCCUUUUGGGAGAUGACACCUGGCUGAAAAUGCUGCCUAAUCAAUUUUUGAGGAGCAAAGGCACCCAUUCCUUCUACGUCAAUGACUUCACAGAGGUGGACACAAACGUGACGAGAGAGCUACCAGUUGAGCUUGCAGCCAAUGACUGGUCCCUGCUCAUCCUUCACUUCUUGGGUCUGGACCACAUCGGUCACGUCGAAGGCCCAAGAAGUCGUCUUGUCGGCCCAAAACUGCUUGAAAUGGAUAAUGUAAUUCGCCAGAUUAGAAAGUCCCUCCCUGACGCACUUUUGGUGGUCACUGGCGAUCACGGAAUGGCCGAGGCCGGCGGCCACGGUGGCUCCUCUGCCCAGGAACGAAGCGUGGCGCUCGUAGUGCUCGGAACGCCGUGCCUUCCUAUAUUCCCAGCUGACCGCUGGGCCCAAGUCGACCUGGCGCCUACCCUGGCCACCCUCCUCGGGGUCCGCUGCCCUGCACAGGCCGCCGGGGCCCUGAUUCCGGCCCUCCUGGCGCCUCUUUCCCCUGCUGACACACUGGAGGCGCUUAGAAACAACACCAGGCGCCUCAUCCGAAUCGCACCAGGACAAAAUCAAGAAAACGAGCUGUUGGAUGCUGAGGAUCUGCGUCGACAGUGGCUGAGGGGCCACGGCAGCUGGAAGGCGGCUGCUGAAAUGUUCACCAAGUCGGCAGUCACGGCCAGGAAUGUACUGGCCUCUCGCCACGCUCCUUUUGAUCUCUACGCUAUGGCCUUGGGGGUUAUUGUUGCUUUCACGGGCACGCUUUGGACCUUAGUUGCCGCCGUCACAAAUAAAAGCUACAGCUGCAGCAUCUGGUCUGCAAUCGUGGCUGCUUCCAGCCUGCUUGGGAUCCACAGUGUCGGCUGUGGCCUCUGGUUCAGCCGCAGUCUUGCCUGUGGCUCCUCCACACCCGCUUUGGCUUUCCAAACCGCCGUGUCCCUUGGCGUGGCUGCACUUGCUGUCGAGACCGUUGUCGUUGUUAGAAAGCAGCAGGUGUGGCCAAAAUUGUACCUAUCCGACAUUCCAUUAUUUUUAACUGCCAUAAUUCACACCUUGAGUUUGGGUUCGAGUUUUUGCGUUGAGGAAGAGCACCUGGUGUGGUUCACCCUGUUGCCGGUCGUGCUGGCCACGGCGGCCCUGCGAAAGCCGCACCGCUGGCCCGUGCUGUUGGUGCUCUUCCUGUGCCACCUGCCGCUGACCAGGUUCAACAGCACAGGCGACAAGUGGGCCUCCGCCUACGACUUCGAGGACUGGCUGGCAGGAAAGCCGGUCACCACCAGCCUUUUCCUUAUAUCGAGCCUGGCAACCCUGCCUUUUUUGGUUGGCGGGGAGAAAUUGGUUGUUUCUGCGCUUGCUGUGAUUAUCUACCUGCAGAAGGCCGCCUCUGGAUCUGUGCUGGCACCUUUCAUCAGCGGCAUUUUGUCGGAAUGGGGCGUGGUGGAAGCCCGUUUAUUCUACUUCAUCUCCUUGGUUCGGCUUUUCCACCAACUAAACCAGCGCAGAACGAGCAGGGCGGCCGCCUUGAGGGACUGGUGGCUGUUGGCCGCCUGCCUGGUGCAGCGGCCGCACGACGUGGCCUCCCUUUCCUUCCUUUCGGCCGCCUGUCGCCUUGUACUGGCGUGCUUGGGCGGCAGCGGCGCUUUGGCUGGCGUGGCCGCCUCCUGCCUUGGCUGGGCCGCCUUUUUCCACCAAGGCAACUCAAACCAACUCACCACGGUGGCCGUGGCCGCUGGCUACACGGGCCUCACUGACUACUGGCCGCCGUUGGUGGCCCUACAGAUAAUUCUUCGCACCUACGCCGGCCCCGUAUUGGCCGCCCUCGAACUGGCCGCCGGCCUAAACAGCCACAAUCGCACCGCCGUGCUUGCGUGGAGCGGCCAACGCCUCGUGGCUGCCACUUUCUAUCUGCUGGUGGCCGCCUGGCUGCGCGAACACCUGUUUGUUUGGUCCGUAUUUGCGCCAAAACUGCUCUAUGAGGCCUCGCACUCAGCGCUUUUCACCCUCCUGCUGCCCCUCAUCACCGCCGUGACUGAUAAAUGAUCCAACUAGUCCUAAUUUUAUGUGAGUGUUAACAAUAAUUGCCUUUUAAUAUUUUUAUAUUUUAUAUAUAAAAUAACUGUUUCUUAAUAAAGAUUAAGGAACUAA